AUGGAAAAAGAGGAUGAAUUAUCGCCAAAUCAGUUAUUUGCUGAAAAACUGGCAAUAAAUGAUGAAGUCGGAGGUGACAACUUAUCCGCAGGAACUUCUUCUGGUACCAUUCAGGGACAAAUAGUCGAAAAUGCCUUCGAUGCCAAUUACACUACAUACGAACAAGGUGGCGAUAUUCCUGGAUUUUACGAAGGACCAUGGUUUCCUGGGCAAGAAAUGAACAGGGACUUUGACUAUGGAUAUCGGGAUGAAGAUUUGAUUCAAAUUCUCUUUGCCCAGCUUGAAGAAACGAAGCAAUCUGUAAACGAAGCCAUAACGAAACAACCCUCGAUCGAAAGAAUGUUUAACCAUAUCAUCCGUCUAGCUAAGGAAGCAAACUACACGGAUGAAGGCGCGGAGGUAUUCACCUACGUUUACGUCCAUUUCAUGAUCGAGCACAAUUCCUUCGUACCCAGCGAGGAAUUGAACAAAAUGGGCAGCCAGAUCGCCCUGAAUUACAUCAUCAACUAUUCGGCUAGCGUCGGUCGUCAUUAUGAAAAAGAACCGAUAAAUAACUUCAAAUGGAAUCCGCAAAUUAAAGAAAAAGCGCUGUUUUCGAUUCUUGAUUUCGAUAAGACGCAACUAAAAGAAAACAACCCUGAAGAAAGCUCUCAUCCCCAAAAUCAAGAGGAAGAUUCUUUGACGAAGGAAACUGAUCAAGCAAAAAAUGAGAUAGAAGAGGCACAUCAACCCGAGAAAGAAGAAGUGUCAGUUUUCGAAGAGGAAGACUACUUCACUCCAAUUUUCACUCUUCCACGUGACGAUGAGCUUUUUGGAAAGUGGCCGUUCAAGUACGCGACCGUCUACGGCUACCGAAAUGACCCAAAGAAGCCGCACGAUCUUUUCAGCGUUUUCGAGCCGCACAUGAUUUACAAAGAGUUCGAGCAGAUGGAGAAGAUGAAAUUGGUUAAACAAGCUCAAUCGAAGCCCGACAUAAAAACUGAACUCGUCUGCCCCGAAACAUCACAGGUUCCACCUACCACACUUUCACCUUCUGCCACCAUCAAAACUGAGCAAACGGACAAUAACUUCCAGUCUGGCUCCGUUUUGCCCGUCCAGUGCGACGUCAUCAAGCCAAAAUACAUUAAGCUCAUCGAUGGAACCACCUUCGUCAACGGAGAACAAGUCAAAAAGUACGAGAUCGAAGAGAAGAAGCAAAAGUAUCAGAAGCUCCCAGCUUGGAUGCCAAAAGUCACUCGAACUGAAAUAGCUGUUGGCGAACGAAUGGCAGAAAAUAACCAAGAAUCUCCUUUUGACCCGAAGCCUUAUUGGAGCACUGAUGCUUCUUUCUAA